UUUUGUUUAUAAAUUUAAUUACUUAAAAAAUGAAUAUCGGCGACACAUUCCCGAAUUUCACAGCCAACACCACAAUCGGUGAAAUUGACUUCUACAGCUGGCUCGGAUCGUCAUGGGGAGUUUUAUUCUCACAUCCGGCCGAUUUUACACCUGUUUGCACAACAGAACUUUCUCGACUUCUCACUUUGAUUCCUGAAUUUGCGAAGCGUAAUGUGAAAAUCAUCGCUCUCUCGUGCGACAGUGUCUCCACGCAUGAGAAGUGGAUUGACGAUAUUAAGCACUUUGGGGGCUUUUCCGGAGAUUUUCCAUACCCAAUUAUAGAUGAUGAUCGUCGGGAAUUGGCUGUGAAGCUCAAUAUGCUGGAUAAAGAUGAAAUUGGGAAGCACGGAUUACCUGUUACGUGCCGAGCUGUCUUUGUUGUGGAUGCCCAAAAGAAGCUCCGACUCUCAAUUCUCUAUCCUGCAACAACUGGAAGGAAUUUCACGGAAAUUCUUCGUGUGAUUGAUUCCAUGCAACUUACGGACAAGAACAAGGUUGCAACUCCUGCAGAUUGGACGCAAGGAUCUGAGUGUAUGAUACUACCAACAAUCUCCGACGAUGAGGCUCAGAAGCUCUUCCCCGCGGGCUUCUCUACAGUCUCAUUGCCAUCAGGAAAGGGCUACAUUCGCAAGACCAAAUGUCCAGAUGUUGAUUAAGAAGCCACUGAAAGUCUUUUUUCUUCAUUUUAAUUGCAUUUCAAACAAGAUGGUAUUGGAUUACAGAAAAUAAAUUAAGAAAGAUUAAGUUAAUACAUUUUCACUAGAAGUAAUAAUAUUUCACACGAUUUUAUGUCUUUUAAUUCACUUCUUUUUUUAUUAGUUUGUUUUUUUCUUUUCUCUCUUAAAAUGUGAGGAAAUUCUCAGGCAAAAAAAAAAAACACAAAAAAUAGUAAAAAUUUCAUAAAUUCUAAAUAAAAAUCCACGUAUACUACAAAUUACUGAAAUAUCACUCACAAUGUUUUGUUUAUUAGUAUUUUUUUUUAGAAAUAAAAAUAAGAAAAACUUGA